AUGACCGAUAGCGGCAAGUGCACUUUUGUGCUGUUCUUCAAAGUGAUCGACGGCCCUGAUGGAGGUGCCACCAUUUGCCAGUGCCGCUACGUCAAUGACAUCAUCAAGCGUUUUGGUAUGGAGAAGUGCAAGUACACGGCUUGUCCGUUUGAUCCGAGCUCUCAGCUUGUGCCAACCAGCAAUAAGAUUAAGGUGGACACUCCGUUUUGCGAAGCAGUGAGAGCUUUGCUGCACUUGGUGCUUCUACGCGCCCUGAUAUUGCACAUGCUUUAG